AUGAAAGGUUCAAGCAAGAGAGGUGCGGGUUCGAAAAAAAGAGGUUUGGGUACGAAGAAAAAUCCCGUAAGACCCAAGGUUCGAGCGAAUCUUGGCGAGCCGACGCAUUUUAGGUUGCAAGACGAACCCGACCAAGUCCCACAUUUUCAUACCCAACAAUAUCCACCCUUUCAAACCCAACAAUAUCCACCAUUUCAAUCUCAAACGUAUCAAAACCAACCGUUCAUUCCACCGUUUCAACCUCACCAAUUUCAACCCCAAUCGUUUCCACACUUUCAAACCCAACCCCACCAACUUGACCCACUACUAGAAGAUAACACCCUCAUCCGUCAAUUUGCAAAUGUGUAUCGUGAACCACAACCAAGUCUCAACGACGAUGAAGAUGAUGAUUGCGUUCAAGAAGAAGAAGAAGAAAACGAUGACGUUCAAGAAAUUGUCCCGUCAUCCGUUCAAAAAAUUGCGUUCAUUCCACCGUUUCAACCUCACCAAUUUCAACCCCAAUCGUUUCCACACUUUCAAACCCAACCCCACCAACUUGACCCACUACUAGAAGAUAACACCCUCAUCCGUCAAUUUGCAAAUGUGUAUCGUGAACCACAACCAAGUCUCAACGACGAUGAAGAUGAUGAUUGCGUUCAAGAAGAAGAAGAAGAAAACGAUGACGUUCAAGAAAUUGUCCCGUCAUCCGUUCGAAAACAUUGGACGAGCGAGGAGUAG